AUGACGACCCUUGAACAAGCCCUCUCGCAACAGAAGACGGCGAACGUUCUUCUUCGCCCAAGCGUCGCACCUGCUACCGCGAGCAGUGGUGGCUCGCUGACCUUCAGCUUGUGCAAUCAGACUUCCUCGAACAAUGUCUAUGCCUAUGUUACUGGGAUUGCAACCAACAACAACUAUGCCAACUAUCUCCUGAAAUCUGACGGUGUCACACCUUACUAUCCCAACAAUCCAACCUCCACCGGAACUGCACUCUCAGAAAACUGCGCUAUCCCCCUCGGAAAAGUGGGCUCAACCACCGACAUCACUGUCCCAUUUACCGAUGGAGGCAGAGUCUGGUUCAGUAUUGGCGACACCCUGACUUUUCUGCUAAACCCUGGGGAAUCUGGGGCCGAAUUGGUCGAACCAUCUGUUACCAACACCUCUGAUCCCAACUACAACCUGACCUGGGACUUUUGCGAAUUCAGUCUUGGCACCGCGGGACUCUAUGUCAACAUCACAUACGUUGACUUUGUCUGUAUCCCCAUCGCUCUGACCCUGACGAACACGAGCGGAACGGUCACCCACGUUAGCGGUCUCCCUUCAGACGGGCUUGAAACGAUCUGUAACGAACUCAUCGCUCAAAACAACAAGGACAGCGCUGGCUGGGACAAACUUAUUGUCAAGAAGAGUGAUGGAUCGACCCUCCGCGUUUUGAACCCAACGGGUGGUAUCGAUUUCGACUCGACACUCUUCAAAGACUACUGGACCGACUACGUCAACCAGGCCUGGAACAAAUACGUCAGCGCGUCGCUGGAGAUUGAUACUCAAAGCUCAUGGGGCGUCGUCGAUGGGAAUACCUCCAAUGACCGCAAUUCGAUUACUUUCAGUGGGGUGGGAAGUUUCUCGAAGCCGUCCGCAGCUGAUAUAUUCAGCCAGAGCACGGGCGCCUUCGCUCCGCAGGCAUCCAAUACUGAUGAACUGCUGAACAUUGGAGCAAGACUAUCUACAGCAAUCAACCGCUCAACGUUAUUGACCGACCCUGAUCAGCCCGAUGCUGAGACCGUUUCAUCGUACUACCAGAACAGCGUCACGAACCAUUUCGCGAGGAUUGUUCAUGCGGCGAACUUGGACGGCAAAGGAUACUGUUUCCCCUAUGAUGAUGUCGGAGGUGCGAAUGAAGAGGACCAGAGUGGCCGAUUAACCGACCCGUCGCCAAGCAACUUGUUGAUCACUGUCGGGGGCGGGAACGCGAGUUCGAAAUUGAAGAGGGGACUCGUGGAGGCUGAGAAGCCGAAGAUGAAGAGGUCUCUUGCCUGGAACGAGGACGUAAAGGAGCCACUUCCUCAGGCGGCUGACUACCGGGAUCUGGAGAAGGCUCAGGUGGCCGAUUACCGAGAUCUGGAGAAGGGUGAACAUCCGAAGUUGAUGAAUGAGCUGGCGAGAGCCAAUGAAGCACCCAAGGCCAUCGUUCCCCCUAUCCUGAAGCGGGCUCUCGGAAGAUACUGGACACAAUUCCGCUCCUCUUCAUUGUACGAGCGUCUCGGCCCAAUCAUCGAACUCAUCAACCAAUUUCUCAUCUCAUUCCUUUCCCUAUCGCUGCGAGCUGUCCUUUCACGCCUCGCUAUUAUUCUCUUUGUCCUCAUCUUUUACUUUCUCGGUAUGGAGCCCCGCGGGGCCGACAUUGCCUCUCAACGACGCAUCCUGGAGGCAGCUGGUCUGCUCAAUAACGGCACCAUCACACAUGGGAUGUGA